GACGGAGAGUCACGCCACUGUACACACCGUGGUAAGACGGAGCCGCGGUAGACUCCGUCGCUGCAAUCGCGACUGACGCGACUGGAUCAUCUGGGGCUCCAGAAGAGCCAAGAUUCUCGCGGUGAUUGUGACUGUGUGUGUGGCACUGUGGCGGUCGGUUUGCGGGCGGAUUUUCUCAUAGAACCCUUGAGAUGGGUGUCGUUUAACCCCGUCCUUCGGUAAAUCGGCGUCCGCUCCGUGUCUCCAGCGUGUCACGCGCGUGAUCUCGCGUAUAAGGAACUCCUCGAUCUCGCUCUCGCCCUCUUUUGUCUCUCGUUGCUUCGUCGCACCGUAAUCUAGGAGCCGAGCAAAAUGCCUGUCUUCCACACCAAGACUAUCGAGAGUAUCCUCGAGCCGGUGGCUCAGCAGGUAUCGAGACUUGUUAUUUUACAUGAAGAAGCUGAGGAUGGAAAUGCGAUGCCAGAUCUGGGAAGGCCUGUACAGGCCGUUAGCAUGGCCGUGACUAAUCUUGUGAAGGUCGGGAAAGAAACGAUAAACUCAUCCGACGACGCUUUACUUAAGCAAGACAUGCCAGCGGCGUUGCAGCGCGUUGAAGGUGCUUCCCGUCUUCUGGAGGAAGCAUCGGCCAUGUUGAAGGAAGAUCCGUAUUCUGGACCUGCUAGAAAAAAGCUUAUAGAGGGCUCGCGUGGUAUCUUGCAAGGCACCAGUUCGUUACUGUUGUGUUUCGAUGAAAGCGAAGUGCGAAAGAUCAUACGUGAAUGCAAACGUGUACUGGAUUAUUUGGCUGUUACGGAGGUCAUCGAGACGAUGGAGGACCUGGUGCAUUUUCUUAAGAAUUUAAGCCCGUGCCUUAGCAAAGUGUCGAGGGAGGUGAGCGCUCGUGAAAAGGAGUUGACGCAUCAAGUACAUCGGGAGAUAUUGGUGCGCUGCUUGGAACAAGUAAAGACACUCGCUCCAAUUCUGAUCUGCUCCAUGAAGAUCUUCAUCCAUAUUAUUUCGCAAGGUGGGAAAGGCGCGGACGAGGCGGCAGAAAAUCGCAACUACUUGUCCGGUAGAAUGUCCGACGAGUUGAAUGAAAUUAUUCGGGUGCUGCAAUUGACAACGUACGACGAGGAGGAGUGGGACGCCGAUCAAUUGACUGUACUGAAGAAGGCUCAGAGCGCCAUAGAGUCCAGGAUACGAGCGGCUUACGACUGGCUGGAUGACGGACUGGCUCUGAGGGGUGGCGUAGGUGAGAAGAGUCUUCGUCAGAUCAUAGAACAGGCGUUGCGCUUAGCGGAACGUUAUCUGCCUCCGUCGCAGGCAGAGCCCAUAUCUAAACUGGCCUCGCAGAUAGUCACCAUGACUGACGCUCUUUGCGAAUUGCGCCAAAACGAAAAAGGCACUACGCCCCAAGCGGAAGCCUUAGCACGCGGUAUUAAAGAGAAGCUAAACGAGCUCCGCGGCUUGGUGGCCUCCGCUUUGGUAGCAGCGGAUAAAUCGGGGACCGCACAAACGGCGCACACGGUGGCAGGUCGAUUGGAACAGGCGAAUAAAUGGCUUCUGAAUCCGCAGCACGAUGAUAAGGGACUCGGUAAAAGGGCUAUAGCUUUAAUAAUACACGAGGGAAAAAAGGUGGCCGAGGGCUUACCGGGUAUACACAAGGCGGAGAUCUUACAGUUGUGCGAUGAAGUGGACAACCUGUCUCAUCAGCUCGCCGACCUCUGCGCCCAUGGCCAGGGCAACACCCCGCGCGCUCAGGAAAUCGCGCGGCAGCUGUCUCACAAGCUCUACGAAUUGAAGAACAGGAUACAGCAGGCCGUUGUGUCUCGUGUCGUCGAGGACUUUAUUGACAUCACUACGCCCUUGAAACAAUUCACGGAUGCGGUUUUAACUCCCGCGGGCACACCAGGACGCGAUCAGAACUUUAAUGAUAAAACAUGCGCGUUGCAGACGUUCUCGAGCAGAGCGGCAAAGACCGCGAGGAUGGUCGCGGCUGGCGGAAGCGGAGGAAACAAGAAGCUAGCCGAGGCCCUGACCACUAGUGCCUCGCAGGUGGAAUCGUUGACGCCGCAGCUGGUUAACGCCGGACGGAUUCGCAUGACUUAUCCGGACAGUAAGGCCGCGGACGAACAUUUCGAAAAUUUGCGGCAGCAAUACGCGGAAACUAUGCAACGGGCGCGGGCGUUGUGCGAUGAGGCGACCAACAGCGGCGAUUUCAUCCGUACGUCCGAGGAGCAGAUGCAGAAGCACACGUUCCUCUGCGAGGACGCGAUCGCCAAGGCCCUGCCGCAGAAGAUGGUCGAUAACACGGCGGCUAUCGCGCGCCUUGCGAAUCGAGUUAUACUCGUAGCGAAGCAGGAGAGCGACAACAGCGAGGAUCCCGCCUUUAUACAAAGAGUAAAUCAUGCCACCGAUGUUCUUCAAAGCAGCGUCGCUCCAAUGGUCCAAGAUGCAAAACUGGUGGCAAUGAACAUUCAUGAUAACACUGCGAUAUCGCGCUGGAGAGAAAAUAAUCGCGCGUUGUUAGCCAAUGUUGGACAAGUUCGUAAAGCCAUUGUAGUUCAGCCGGAUUUGGUGCCGCCUCUGGAAAUGUCGCAAUUACAUAUUAAUGACGAUCAAUUUCCAAUCCGAUAUAAUUAUUCCAAAACUAAAGAAAACCCCGAUAUUUUGCAUCAAGAAUUGGCUUCUGACAACGAGUUAGACAAAUCAAUUCAUGAUGGAGGUUAUUACGAUUAUCACAUCGAUGAAGUAGCACCUCCUCGUCCACCUUUACCAGGAAGUAAUAUCGCACCUCCGAGACCUCCUCCUCCUGAAACGGACGACGAAGAAGAAAUGUUUAUGCAUGCUCCUCAACCCAAUCAACCAAUAAUGAUGGCUGCCCACGGUUUACAUCAAGAAGUACGGCAAUGGUCCAGUAAGGACAAUGAAAUUAUUGCCGCGGCGAAGAAAAUGGCUAUCUUAAUGGGUAGACUAUCGGGCUUAGUUAGAGGCGAGGGUGGUAAUAAACGGGAUCUUAUCGCAUGCGCUAAAGCUAUCGCGGAAGCUUCCCAGGAAGUAACUCGUCUUGCAAAGGAGCUGGCGAGAGAGUGUACUGAUAAACGCAUUCGAACGAAUCUACUUCAAGUUUGCGAGCGUAUACCUACCAUUGGAACACAAUUGAAGAUACUGUCUACAGUCAAGGCUACUAUGCUUGGAGCACAAGAGACACUUCCGACCUGGGAAGAGCUGAUGCUUUAUGGUAAAAAAGUUGUAAACUUGCUUGAUGUUAUCUUUAUUUCUCUCUCUUUCGAUGUUGUUUCUUUCGUUCAAUUUAAAGACAUGAUUUUUAUGCAAUAUACACAGCAUUUGAGACACAGCAUGCAUCCUCUACUUCUUUUUCGGAAAUGGAAUACAAGAAAGUGAUAUACUAUCAUCCGAUGUUGAAUAUAUGAUCUUUCAUAUUAUGUAUGUAAUAGUAGAUUACAUAUAUAAUAUCGGCAAAUUCUGUUCUAAUACAGUUCAUUAAUUUAGCGAUCUAUGAGAGAAGGCUAAUAUGGUUUUGGUGUUUUAAUUUACAUUUUAAAUGGUAUGCCGUUGGUAUGCGUCUGCUCAUCGUGGUGUAGAUGAAUUGAUUGGCUGCAGUAAGUGAAUCAUAAAAUUUGUAGCAAAUUUUUAGGUAGGAAAUUUCUUCGAUAGCAAUUCCAUAGAAAAUAUAGCAGACCAUAUUUUCUAUAUGUAUAGUACAAUUGUAGCCAUUUAAACCAUCUCUCGUGGUCAAUAAUAAAAAAACUAUUUUAAAGAAAAAAGUUAAAUGGUGUAACAAUGUACGACUUUCUGUGAUAUAUUUUCGUUAAAAUAACAUGUACCCGCAAUGUAAAUCGUUGCACAUUGGAAGUGCAUUUUCGUGAAAAACAAUAACAUUAUAGACAUUAUAUAUGUAUAAGUUUGAUUUCAUAACGCUAUUCAACUUGUUUCUCUAUCAGGUUUUCCUUUAUCGUCAACCAUAAGAGAGAUAUUUCUUGUUUAAAUUUCUAAAAUCAUCCUGUAUAGUACAACACAGUUUAUGAUUUAUCAUUCGUAUGUACUAUAGUAAACAGACGAAUGCAUUAAAAAUUUAAGCGAUUCAUAUUAUUUUCACGAAAGCUUUCUUUAAGUAAUCAUCUCAUUCUCACCCUCUAUUUCGAAACAGUGAUCGACAUCGACGACCUUGUCUAUGCAUGUAUUUGUACGUAAUUACCAUAGCUCGCAUG